AUGAACCAGGGCAUAGCGGUGCAGAGAACUGAUGGAGGCGAUGGUGUUCAGACGCUGAUGAGUCGAGCAGGAGCCGCUGCAUGUCCCGCUGCGUAUCCCGCUGCGGUAUUCCAGGCUCCAAUGACAAGCGAAGAACCAGUACCGAGCUUUAACGAGGAAGGAGUCCAACCUAGGCCCAGCCCGGAUAAUUUGGACAAAUCGAAUGGAGCAGCUGUGGGUGAAAAACGGAUGUUCUCCAGUUUCUUCUUCGGGAUCAGAGACAGUCAUGCACAAAACAACUCAGAAUCUCCACCGACGAACCCGGUGUUGGCUCCACCACAACAGGGUCUCACCGGUCAUCGGACUACCUCAUUCUCCGUCUUGGACAUUUUAGACCCCAACAAAUUCACCAGCAGUCGGAGACUGCAGGUACAGCAGAGCAGGCACGCGGAUGACCACAACGUCGUUGCACAAGGUGGAGACAUCAGAAGUGGGGCCGCUGGUGAAUGCGAAGCGGGCCUGGAGCCCAAUAAUGGCAGUUAUGGCGGACAGGAAUACCCAAGCAAAAACUUUGGGAAUAGAAGUCCAGAUGAGGAUGACCGCAACAGAAAUUGUACUCCAGAUUCAGAGGCUCCAGAUGUUUCCUGUAGCAGUGAGGAGAGCAGUUUGACGCUGCACUUUAGUGGGGACAGAGAUGUCAACCAGCAAAGCCUCCAGGACCCGACCAAACAGGCAAAGAGUCCCAGAAGAGGGCCCACAGGCCAGAUCACCAAUGUACAGCCCAAUGGGGGCCAAGGCCCACAAGGAAAGCCUAAGAGAAAACGUACAGGCUCAGACUCAAAGUCAGGGAAACCCCGCAGAGCUCGUACUGCCUUCACCUAUGAGCAGUUGGUUGCACUGGAGAACAAGUUCAAGUCGACAAGGUACCUAUCUGUCUGUGAGCGGCUCAACCUUGCACUGUCACUCUCCCUUACUGAGACACAGGUCAAGAUCUGGUUCCAGAACCGCCGGACCAAGUGGAAGAAACAGAACCCUGGUGCAGACACUUCAGCUCCCUCUGGUGCAGGAGGUACAUCUGGUACUGCGGGAGGAAUAGGAGGCGCUCUUGGGAAUCUCAGUCCACUCAGCCCAUCACCUCCAAUCAGUGGACAUCUAGCCAUGCACACAGGCUAUGCAUCAGGUCACCAUCACCCUUCAGCGGGCAGCCUGGUCCAGCUGCCUUUUCUCACUACAAGCCAUGUUCUAUCUCCAUUCAUGUUGGGGACACAGAGCUAUGCUGCACCUACCUUUUACAGCUCGCACCUGUAAACAGAUAGAGAAUACACAUGCACACACUGAGCCAAGAGAUUGACAUAUUUUAACAUCCUGAAUGAUUAUAUACGUAUAUCAUUAAUUCAACUAAGCUUGGGUGUUCAAUUGCUGUAAUGUCAAAGUUUGAUUUUGAUAGAUAAUUUUGACUGACAAUGUCAAUCUCUACGUAAAAGUGUACAUAAUUUUAUGAUCUAACUUUACAUUCUGAAUGCUAAGGUAAAUAAAUAGCUGAUUCAUCCAUAAAACUUUUUGGAACCUGAAUGUUAGAAAUCA